AUGCGUGUAAUCAAGGCGAGUAACCUUGAACUCAAAGAGUUCGUGGGGAUAACUCCGCCCUACGCAAUCCUAUCGCACACUUGGGGUGAGGGCGAAGUGACACUUCAACAGUACCGUGAUUGGCGCAGCGCGCACGCGGAAUACUUUACCAAUGAUGAAGGGUCAGGCCGAGACCCAAGCGUCGCGCCCGUAGAGAUCGCUCUGCUCGACAUCAACUCAAUGUUUCGCUGGUACGAAGAAGCCCGAACAUGCUACGCCUACCUAUCAGAUGUCGACAAAUGGACACUUGGAGACGGCAAAUUGGGAAACUCCAGGUGGUUUCAUUGGGGCUGGACGCUUCACAAAAUCUGGCCACGCCCGAACCGAAAAACGGGCAAAAUGGUGCGAGCUUAG